AUGCGUGACCCUAACCAGGUCCCUAAAUCUGAGGAGACGAAGCCCCACUCGCAGAGAAGCAAGGAUGACUACAUCCCAUACCCGCGGAUAGAGGACAUUCUGGAGAAGGGUAGCCCAUACCCGCAGGUGAUCCUGCCCCAGUUUGGGGGUUACUGGAUUGAGGAUGCCGAGGCGCCUGUAGGCACCCCCACCUCUUCGGAGAGCAGCUUCUGUGAGGAGGAUGACGGAGGGAGUAUGAGCCCUGCGGGAGGGUUCGGCUUCAGGCUGGAGUGUAACAGCACGGCCAGGGCCUACCGCAAACACUUCCUGGGCAGG